AUGGAAGAAACCAUGGUAUUAAUGUUGUAUGGAUCUAAGUUGGCUAAAGAUAUUGAAGAAAACCUACCAAAUUUAUGUAAUCAACCUGAUAUUCUUGUUAAAUCAUGCGAUGGAAUCAUUGGUGUAUUCAGUAACCUUAAAGAGUUACUGUCUCAUGGACACAUGAUUUCUGGGGGGUCCAAUGAAUUACAACAAACUGACAACAUUGGUGCAGGAAUUCAAGAAUGGUUAAAAACUGGUGGCAACUGUUAUCAUCAGGCAAUGGAUUUGCAUAAUGCUCAAACAGUUUUGGGCAAUUAUCCGAGAACGUAUGGCUUCUCGGAAAGUUGUACUAACAUGAAAGUUGUAUUAGGACGGCAAGAAUCAGGUUUAGAACUCAUGAUCAGUGGAAGAAAUGUGGAAAGUUCUGUGGGUGGCAUUGGAGGGGAGAUCAUUCAGCCAGUAGAUGUGGAUGCAUCAGAUUCCGGCAGAGCUUCGUCUUCUCAAUGCAAGAGAAGAAGAAAGGAUGAUGGUCAUAAAAUUAGAGUCAUAAGGGUGGCUGCUCCACAAAUGGGAAAUCUCGAUCUUCCACCCGAAGAUGGUUAUACUUGGAAGAAAUAUGGUCAAAAGGAGAUUCUUAGAUCCAGAUAUCCAAGCACUUCAUCGUCUGUCAUCACAACCCACUGGCUCUCAAUGGAUAUCAAACCAUCGGUACUGGAACCCACAACCUCAAUUUCCAAUGUGCAAAUGUUUCAUGAACCAGGCGGAACUAGAAGCACCACGGCAGGGACAUUAGCCUCCGGCCAUUUUCCCGAAUACCAGGCGCUGCCGGUGGCAGAUAUGGCUAAUGCCAUGUUUAAUUCCGGUAGUAGCAGCAGUAUUGGAAUAGAGAAUAUCUUCUCUUCCAUGGAGGAUAAAUGGAAUACAGGAGAAAACAAAAACUGA